GUUGUUGGGGCCUUUCGUGUGAGCUUUUAUCUGCGCUGAGAUUCAGAGAGCCAUCAAGUUGAUUGUUUUUGCCCAUGAUAACAGAAACAAAGAACAUGCAAUUUUGUAAUUAUACAUUUUACGGUCUGUUUGAGACGAGCUUUGAGAAUAUUUUUUUCAGAUACAGAUACAGAUACAGAUACAUUCCUUGCAGUGCAGCAUAACUGUUGAUCAUUUCCGGCUGGAGCUCUUUUAUUUUGGCCAACUGUUGUCCGAACCAGUGUCUGAGGUCAGUGAACCCCCCCGCCCCUUCUCCCCAACCAAAGUCCCAGCAGAUCUUCGGUUGGCAGAGCGGCUAUUGACUCUCUUCACACACACGCCUCUCAAUCAUCAUUCUUUUCGCUUUAUGUUUGUCGUUUCUUCGCCUUUGCCUCGGCUUUCAGGGCGUGCCACCCAAAAAAGGGCCAAAGAGAUGAAAGAACGAGAAAAUUAACAUAAUCAAAAUAUACUUUUACGUCGCAAACACGUUUCGUUUUGCUGGGAAAGAGAGAAAAGUAAAAACUAUUAUUUAAUUUCGGUGUCAGGCGGUGGAAGGCCCCAAAAAGCAAGGCCCGAAAAGGCCUCUUUUUGUAGGGAAUUCGCUUAAUCUGUGGGUUUGCACUGCAUCUUUUGUGUGUGCUGGCUGCUGCUGUAUCUUCAGAUCAGCUUUGCUUUGAAUUUCGCUUCAGCGAUAGAAUGUAUUUGGGAAAAAUCUAAAAAUUUACAUGUAUCCGGCGAGAGGAUGUGCCACAGCCAUCGCCGACUCAAGCGCAGCGAUGAAAAGCUCCCACCGUGCGUGCAAUGGCCACGAAAGAGAUGCCCCCCGCCCGAUCCGGCGACCUGCGACGAGCUCCAGCGGCGGGGAUUGAAACGGUCCGCCGAUGAGUGCCGGUGGCACUACUGGAGCCAUCGCAACGAUCUGGCUGUGCGGCAGCUGGCGAAGCUGCUUGAAGGAUGCCCCGAGAAAGUUGCCGGCUUCCUAUUCGAUCUGACACUUCAAAACUACAAUCGGCUGCUCCAUCCCAGGCGCUGUGGCUACAGUGCCUGUCACGUGCCCUACUGUCAUCCGUACGUCUGUGAACGAUACAUGGGCAUCUUCGAUGAUCAGGGGAAUCUGAGGGAUCCCACACAUCCCAGGAGUUUGUUCCAGCUCCUGAGUCUGUUGCAGAACUUCCUCAAGGGCCAAACUCCUGGAUGUGAGCCACUGCCCUUCGAUUCCAGCCUCAGAGUAGAAGAACGAGCACCCGUUGUACGCCACCGAUCCAUGAUCGGAACAAGAUGUUUCAGAUGGGGAGUCACUGAAUUAAAUGGACACUCCAGGCCUAUGCAAAGCAAACAAAAGGGAAAGAAAUCCCCAGGACAGCUUAAACGAAAAGAAGACGACGAAAAGUUGGAAGAAUCCAAGAGAUACGAGGAAAUACGCGAAUCCCUGGAAAUAUUCCCGCAUUACAGAGUGCCCGGCAAGGACGGGGAUGCUGUGUCGUUUUAUUCGCAAGACCUGAGCGACGACUCGAGGUACCAGCUGAUGAUAGACGAGAAGGGCAGACGUCGCGGCAUGGGCAGUCACUCCGCUCAGCUCGGCAAUCUGCGCUCCGAGCAGGCCCUGUAUCUGAAACGCCUCAUAGCGAAAAUGAACGAGAAGCGACGGCUGGAAAAGGAUCCCCAGAAGGUCAUGCGGGCCCUGAGCCAGCUCGAUCUGGAGGACGGCGAGCAGGCACAGGACCAGAAGACCCGCCGCAACGAGGCGGUCGCUGAACUCUCGAAUUUCUACACGAAAACCGUGAGCAGCGAGCGGGCAAAGACCCCCCAUGCGUUGGGACGCCCCAGGAAGUACUACGGAGAACCGAUACCCGUUCUGUACCACGAACCAUUCGAUUCGACCAAGGAGUGGACGUGGAUACGCCGCCAUCCCAGCCAGGGCCGGCUCCUGGCCGACGGCAAGCUAGGAUUCGACGAGAUCAAACGUUACAGGCGCGAGUCCGUGGAGAAUGAGAUGGAAAGAGGCCGUGCCCGAUGGUCGAUACACAGUGCCUUUAGUCUGCCGAGUUCUCCCAAAAAGGCACGAAGUUCUAUCAAUUCCAGGCUGGGACAGAAGAAGCCCAAGAAAUAGAAUUCCAAUUCCGAUUUGG